AGCUAUUCCACUGUCCUAGUAGAUGACAACCCACUUUGCUACCAACUGAGCUAUUCCACUGUCCUAGCACACGACAAUCCAACUCGCUACCCACUGAGCUAUUCCACUGUCCUAGCAGGCGACAUUCCAACUCGCUACCCACUGAGCUAUUCCACUGUCCUAGUAGAUGACAACCCAACUUGCUACCAACUGAGCUAUUCCACUGUCCUAGCAAACGACAACCCAACUCGCUACCGACUGAGCUAUUCCACUGUCCUAGUAGAUGACAACCCAACUUGCUACCGACUGAGCUAUUCCACUGUCCUAGCACACGACAAUCCAACUCGCUACCGACUGAGCUAUUCCACUGUCCUAGUAGAUGACAACCCAACUUGCUACCAACUGAGCUAUUCCACUGUCCUAGCACACGACAAUCCAACUCGCUACCGACUGAGCUAUUCCACUGUCCUAGCAAACGACAACCCAACUCGCUACCGACUGAGCUAUUCCACUGCCACAAAAAGACAGUGUUCCAACCCAACGUUGAAGUUUACAGUUUGA